UCGUCGGUUCAAACAGUCAAAAAGUCUUCUAAAUUCUAUAAAAACAAAGAUGCAGUUACAUGUUAGAUUUUUGUUUGUUUUAUUUGAAAUUGAUAACAUGAUCAUUUUCAAGCUGGUUAAAAUUGCGGAAAUUGUGGUCUUUAUGUUUUAUUACUUUUGCCUAAGGGUUGAAGUAUUUGCAUCAUAUAAUACUUAAUAAAACAAAUCGUAAAUAAAAGCUUGUGAUAGCCGAUAAUUGAUUAAAAAUGAUUUACCAAAUCGUUUUGGCCUUUACUUUGUUUUAUUGCUCGAUGGCUGAGAUUUAUUCAUCAACUGCUCACAUCAAGUUGGAGUUGUCAAGGAUACGACAAGAUAAGUCCAUAGAAAUGCUUAAACAGGUUCUAGAUAACCAGGAGUCCUCGGAUCUAACACAUAUGAAAACGCUCAUUGAGACGCUUGAUCAGCUGGAAGCAGACGCUAAGAACCCAAACUUCACAGUCUUACAUCCACUAGACGCCUACAGAUUCAUUAGAAAUCAUUCUGUCAUUUUCAACGAAACUGUCACUCAACUUGUGAAAGAAAUGCAGAAGAAUGGCUAUGCUCACGCUGAAAUUAUUCAACUGACACAAAACCUCACCGCCCUGCCCGAGGAUGAUUUGAUAGGGGCCUUGCGAGGAAUCAUUCGCAUUCAAAAUACAUACGGUAUAAAAACAAACGAUCUUGCCGAAGGAAAUGUUCUUGGUCAAUACAGGAGAGAAAUGACAGCCGCCGAAUGUAAAGAUAUGAUGAUCAUUGCAUUUUAUUCCGACCAGAUCAUGUUAGCAUUUGAUUGGCUAGAGAUAGCAAUACAAAGAAUAGAAGCGGGUGAUAAAACAGCUACCGUGACUGCCCUACUUUGUAAAGCUGCAGCGUCCGCAUUCAAUAUCAAACGCAAAGCAGAAGCUGUUAUCAUUUAUGAAUACGUUGUUGAACAGAACCCAAAGAACAGAUAUUUCAAGCACAAAAUGAGAUAUUACCAGAAUAAUACUAAACAGGACGUCUUCAAAUUCGUGCAGCAUACUGACAAUUUCCGCAACGACUGUCGGAAGUAUUUAGAAGAAUCAGAACAGGUUUAUAAUUCUAUGUUGAAAUUUGUAUGUGACAUAAAAACAGACUUAAUCUGUAUCACCGUUCAGUAA